AUGACUUCUUUAUAUGUGCUUCACCUAAUACUCGCCGGACUCAUAGGAAUUCACAGUAAAAUUGUUACAGUGAGAAAAGCAUCAGUUGAGGCCGGAGGCUCCAUCUCCAUCCCAUGUCUCUAUGAGUUGGGCUAUAUUAACCAUGUGAAAUACUUGUGUAAAGGUAAUACUUGGCAAUCCUGCUCAUAUGCAGUUAAAACAAACCAGCCACAUAAUUCUGGAAAGUUUUCAAUCUCUGAUGACACAAACCAAAGAACGUUCACUGUGACUAUUAAUGAUCUGACGGAUGAUGGCGGUAGAUACUGGUGUGCUGUGGAGAAAAGAACAUUGGAUGUUAAACAACGUUUUCAGCUGUCAGUCACCCCAGGUAUGCCAAGUCUGUACGUGGACCAUCAGGAAAUUACAGCAUUUGAAGGAAGAAGUGUGACUGUCAGGUGCUACUGUAAAUAUUCAAAAGUAACACAGUGGUGCAGGCUGGGCAGCACCUGUGUGUCAGAUCAGACUGGAUCAAUAGAUGGAACAACAGUGACCAUCAAUGAAAGUGUCCCAAAUGGUUUCACUGUGACUAUGAUGGAACUAAAGACAGAGAGCAGUGGCUGGUGUUGGUGCAACAAUGGAGACUUUCAGAUGCCAGUGCAUGUAACUGUUCAUGAAUUAACAACAACUACUACAACUACAUUGAGCCCCAAUACAGCAAAUAAGAUACUAGGGACACUUCCAACCAUUACCCAGCAUUCCUCCCUGCUUACAAAUGCAGGGCCACAUACAGCUCAGCCCACAAACUCCACCAUAAACGGGGCAGGUGGAGAGAACCUGCAAAAUGAACACAAGAGUUCCACUAUUGUGACGAUUCUCAGCACCACCCUCGUCUUACUGCUGUUGGUUGUUCCCUCUGCCUUUUUUGGAUGGAGGAUGAUGAUAAAAUGUAAUAAGACCAAGCCGGAGGGGUCUGACAUCACUGUGUGCUCACAAAUUGGAAGUGAUCCUGAUGUGCACUACGCUACCAUUGUUCAUAAUCAACAUGUAGGGGCCCAGCAGAAGAACAAUAUACCCAAAGAGAGUGUGACAUACAGUACCAUUGUAAUUAAGGAUAGUGUGCGACAAAUGACUGAACCAGUAGAUGGAAGUGUGAUCUACAGCACACUAAAACAUAAUAAGUGCUAAUGAGCAGAAAAGAUGGGAGGACUUUAAUCCAGCAAGUACUGCAUC